CUUCCUCCGUUUCAGCCUCUACCUAGAGAGAGAGAGAGAGGUUGAAGAUGGUUCAGCGUCUAACGUAUCGCAAGCGUCAUAGCUAUGCGACCAAAUCGAACCAGCAUAGGGUCGUCAAAACCCCUGGUGGAAAGCUUGUAUACCAGAGCACUAAGAAAAGAGCAAGUGGCCCUAAGUGCCCUUUUACUGGAAAGAGAAUCCAAGGAAUUCCUCACAUGAGGCCUGCUGAAUACAAGAGGUCUAGAUUAUCCAGGAACAGGAGGACAGUUAACCGAGCCUACGGGGGUGUACUGUCUGGAGGUGCUGUUAGAGAGAGGAUCAUCCGGGCUUUCUUGGUAGAAGAGCAGAAGAUAGUGAAAAAGGUUUUGAAGAUUCACAAGGCCAAGGAAAAACAAGCCUCAAAGAGCAUCUAAAAUGAAAAUGGAGAAGCUACAUGCUUUCUUUUACUUGAAUUUUAUGAAAAAAAAUUUGGCUGACAAUGAUUAAUUUGCUUAAUAUAAUUGUGAGGUGUUUGUCUUUAGAUUUCAAUGAGCUUUAAUUUGGUUUCAACUUUCUAUCAGGAGCAUUGUUGUUGGAUUCUAAACGUUUGC